UAUGUACUUCUUUUCUUAGCUAGGCUUUCGGUUUUUACUUCUUUUCUCUCAUUUUCGCCCGCCGCUAUCUCCUUCUCCUGUUCUCCAGACAGCUCCGCCGCCGCUUCUUCUUGCGGCCUUGCUUCUUCUUCUUCUUCUUCUUCUUUCAUCUACGCCCUAUUCGCUCCGUCAUCUCUCUGGACUAUCUCCGCCCUAUUCUUUGCUUCUUCUCGGCGUUGGGGAAGUCUUCUUCUUCUUCUCGGCGGAUCGGCCUUCGGGAAGUCUUCUUCUUCUUUGCUUCGGCAGCUCCGUUUCAGGACUGCAGAAAAGAGAGAGGGGAGAGAAGAGCUUGACCUUUUAAGCAGUGAUGGUGGAAGUGUGGUGGUCUCUCUUGGCCGCCAUCCCCGCCGUUGUCGCGGGGCAAGCUUUUAGAAUGAAGAAAAAGCACGCAGAAGAGCAGAGGUUGCAGAGCGCUCGGGGGAGGGAGAAGACUGCUGAUGAGAUUUUCGUCUGUGAGAGGGUGUGUACGUCAAAGAGAAUGCUGAAAAGGGUUGGGGCGUUUUCCAAGGAUCCGAUUCCUGAUACGUGUGUCACUGUAUGCGGUAUAUCUGAGCUUGAUGCUUGUGCUGAUGCCUGCGCCCGCACAGUUUGCGUUAACCAACAUCAAGUGCCUAAUUGGAAUGAUAUCUGCCUCCGGAGAUGCCAGAGUGAAUGUCUUAAACUCUCUGCUUCCCGGUCUUCUUAGUUCGGUCUUGUACAUCUUGAAUGAUGAAAUGUGUAAGGCUUCCGGUUUUUUUGUUGGUAGUGUUUGUUACUCCAAUUUAUGAGGCUCGUAUCAAUCGACGGUUGUGUAUGUGCUUUAACUGGAAAUCAAUUUUAAGCCUCUGGCAUUAACUUGAAUAUUUUCGAUGAUUGUUUUAUAAGCGUCUUUGCUGCAAUCUGUUAUA